GUCCAUGUGUGUGUGUGUGUGUGUGUGUGUGUUAAAUUACAAAAAUUGUUGCGUUAUGGGAAAAGUAUCCACAGUGCAACUAAAAUGAAGAUUCUAAACAACCAUGAAAUACGGAUCGCCGAACGACAACUUCAGAAGCAUUUACCAAAAAGUUUAAAGGUAUGUGGACAUCUGUUCGCUCUGAACAGAACCCAAGGGAUUAGGCAUACUGUGGAGAUCUGUGUGGACGCCUGGCCAGAGUUUAACCUUAUAGUCUGCCGUCCCCAAACCGAGAACAAGAAUGUUCCAGAGAACACGAAAUGGGUUUCAUUGUUCUGCACUGAUGAGCAGAUUCUAUCGAAUAUGUUAAAAGAAGAUGAGAUCAUUGACUGGAGUGGUUAUUGCAUGCUUGCAGGAAUAGAUGCGUCCUACAAUCAAUUGUUCAAAGAAAUAUCCUCUCAAAGAGCCAGCAGCUUCCGGGGCCUAACGCGUGUGCAACUAUUACAUUUGAUAGAUUUGGAUUCCCUGCUCUCAACAGAACACAGUGAGGAUCACUUUAGGAUCUCCUCUUUGAACGACUCCCAUGCUGAGUUAGUCAACACAACUUGGAAAUUCGGAGGGGAUGAGAAUGGAAUAAGGCGCAUUAAAAAGAUGAUUGGCAACUCUCCCUCAUGUUGCAUCGUCGAUGACCAUGGACAACCCGUUUCCUGGAUUCUACUGUAUGAUUACUGUGCCAUGGGCAUGCUUCACACGCUACCAGCACACAGAGGAAAGGGCUACGCCAAAGCCCUGGUGAGCUGCAUGGCCCGGAAACUCCAUGCCCAGGGCUUUCCAGUUUACUGCUUUGUGGAGGAGGAGAACGCAGUGUCCUACAAGCUCUUCAAGAACCUGGGCUUUGUUGAAGAUCCGUCAUACAGGGCUGCCUGGUGGGAAUGCAACUUCUGAGGAUACAACAUUUUCUUUUGUAUUUAAGCAUUGCUCUACUUGAAUAACCUCAAACAUAUCAUGUCAAGAUUACGUUGGGUUUCUGAAAUGGCCAUCAAUGGGUUCACAUUUCACAAGCCUUAAUCAAGGUCAGAUUGUAAAGGCUGCUGUAAAUUUCCAACCAGCUCUGGAAUCCACCACGCUGUACAUUGUUCUGUUUGACUGUGGUAUCUGUUAACCACUGAUCAUCUGAAAUUCAUCAUACAUUGUCGGAUCCUCAAGAGACCGCUCCUUAACAGCAGACCUACGUAUAUUAAGUUGGAAGUAAAAUGUUGAUUAAAUCAGUAGUUGAACUUGAAGCCAUCAAGAGGAUCUGAAGGGGAAGACACACUCCACUUUUUAACUCCAUGUCAGGGAUUGACAAUGCUCCUUGUACACUAUAAAUAAAAUGGCAUUCACUGAAAUGAAAUUGACAUGAGAAAUAUUCCAGUUUUGAAAUUAAGUCAGCAGUAAAGACCUCAGGCAUUGGAAAUAGUGGAUUUUAUAAACUUUUAAUAUUGACAAAUAUGUAUAAAAAUAUAUACUCUUGAAUAAAAGACAACUACAUCUCUCAGCCAUGUUGUCAGACAAGUCCAAUCUAAAAUGGUGACCUCACUCAUUUCUGGUCUACAAAGUCCUCCAAGCGAAGCAACCACUUUUGCCAGAAUUCCAAAAGCAGUUCCGAGCCCAGCUGAUGAACAUGUGCAGGUGAGCCAUCCUUGUAGGCCACAACAAUGAGUCCAUUUUCAACCUGUUUUAGGAGAAAGACAACAUGGCCAGUUUAGGAAAUGAACAUAUUUUAGCAUUUUUAUUUAUUUAUUUUGACACAUUACUGAAAAGCAAAUACCUGGUAAUUAUAGUUGUCAUCGCUAUUCAAAGCCCCAGCAUACGCUGCCACCUGAAGAGGGUUAUCAUACGUGUUGCUGAGAUAUGGCUUUGGUCUCUCUGAUGUCUUCCAUUCAAUCACACACAGUACGCCCCUAAAGAUUCAA